AUGGUCAGAGACCUCGACAAGAACAGCGACGGGAAGAUUGUUUUCGAGGAGUUCUGCUCCGCGAUGACUGACCGGAUCCAGGUGGGCUACUCUCAGCAGGAGAUAGUUUCCGCCUUCGCGUCGUUCCAGAAGAACAGUCCCGAUGGUUUGAUAAAGGUAAAAGACCUCAGAGAGGCUUUGAAAGCUCACAUGUACCAAACGAUGAUCGGCGCGGAGGUCGACGAGCUAAUCCUCCAUUAUAAGGACUGCUUCGUGAAGCUGCCAGGAUCAGACGAGGAUUAUUUCAAUUUCCAGGACUACAUCAAUCUAAUGCAGCCUAUCGGCUUCGGCUCAGAAGACGCCACCUUGCGCUGA